CGGCCACACCCGGAAAUCAGUCCAGGAGGGAGGGGACGAGACUUCCGGUGGCGCAAAGCGUGUCGGGAGCGGCUUCCAGCAAACCUGUCCUCUCCGGUCUCCGGAGAGGCCGCCGUUGCUGCUGCUUCGCCUUUCACGACGUGCGUUCGGCUAAACGGCCGCAGCGACCGACACUACGGUUCCUCCGGGCUUGGCUCUGUCCGUAUUCGUCCCCACGCGGCCGCCGGGGUUCUAGCGACGGCCGCGGCCGACAUGUUGUGAGGCGGCGGCGCGGGUGUCUGGAGGAUGGUUUGGCGGCGGCGGCGGCGGCAACGGCUGCUGGCGGCGGCGGCGGCGGCGGCGGCGACUCCGGUUCUGUAGAGCCGAGCCCACUGGGUGUCCCCCCGGUACCGCGGCCAGGCCGGGAGCCCCGGACCUUGCCUCUGUCCCCGGCACGGUUGAGGUCCGGUUGGACGACCCCUCGUAGCCGCUCCGCUUUCCGAGCGCCGCGCUUCCCGCCCCCGACCGGGGGUCCCCCGCCUCCGCCUCUCGGAACUCGCCCACGAUCGGGUGCUCCCCGCCUUGUCCACAACUCCAAGCCUCCUUCCUGGGCUCGGCACCCUCUCCUCCGAGCGGGGGCCUCCCCGGGAUCGCUCUCUGGGCGGCGGGGGCAGAAGUCCGGGCAGAGGAGUGGACCGGAGGCGGGGGAAGGCGGGGGGAGGGGGGCGUCUCAAGUCUGGGCUCGACCAGACAGGAAGGUACGAUGGCCUCCUCCUCUGGCAACGAUGACGAUCUUACUAUCCCCAGAGCUGCUAUAAAUAAAAUGAUCAAAGAGACUCUCCCCAAUGUCCGUGUGGCCAACGAUGCCCGCGAGCUGGUGGUGAACUGCUGCACUGAAUUUAUUCACCUUAUAUCUUCCGAAGCCAACGAGAUCUGCAAUAAAUCGGAGAAGAAAACCAUCUCCCCAGAGCAUGUCAUACAAGCACUGGAAAGUUUGGGCUUCGGUUCAUACAUCAGUGAAGUGAAAGAAGUUUUACAAGAAUGCAAGACAGUUGCAUUAAAAAGAAGAAAGGCUAGUUCCCGUUUGGAAAACCUUGGCAUUCCUGAAGAAGAGUUGUUAAGACAGCAACAGGAAUUAUUUGCAAAAGCUAGACAGCAACAAGCAGAAUUGGCCCAACAGGAAUGGCUUCAAAUGCAGCAAGCUGCCCAACAAGCCCAGCUUGCUGCUGCCUCAGCCAGUGCAUCCAAUCAGGCAGGAUCUUCUCAAGACGAAGAUGAUGAUGAUGAUAUCUGAAAUUCACCAGCUGAGUUUCUGUUUCCUCUAUAAAUGUUUUUCCUUGCACAAGAAAACAGUGAAAGAAAUGCUUAUCUGUAAUUUUGUAUGCAUCUUGGUGGACUUGCCAUUGGUAUUCUAGGGGUGUCUACUGUUAAGUUUCAUACAUUGUGUGCUAUACGUGUACAAACUAUCUCUUUGAACUAUUGAAAAUUUAAGGUUCAGUAUAAUAAUCAAUUUUGAAUUUUUAAUGGUGUUUAUGAAAUUUUGGAUAGCAGUGAGCCCUUUCUUUGAUCAAUAAACAGUGUUAACAGAAAACUUCAAGUUUAUAAAAUAUAGUGAAAUUUAUACAAAAGCUCUUAAUCUGCAUUUACAUUUCCUCUACCCUUUUAACCAAACUAAAAUUGGGAAUUUUAAAUUAGGUGUGAUGUGGUGUAUUGGAUCAGGUUGGUGAAAAAAGGAGUUCAUUUCUGUAGUGUCUGAAUUUUUAAAUAAUGAGUAUAUAUAUAUGCAGGCAGUAAGAAUAUGCUCAGAUAAAUAUACUUAUUUAGAAAAACCUCAAAAGAAGACAUUCAGCUUGGAAAGGAGUGUCUUCAAUAGUAGUUAACAUAAAUUUGGUGAGUUACAUUUUUUUAUUUUGUUGUUGUUUUGUGUGGAGGUAAAAGCUAGUUCUAUCAUGGUAUAAUUUAUCUUGAGCUACACUAUUAUAUUUAAAAGACUGCUCAGUUUUGAGGACUGCCAGGAUUCUUAUAUUUCACUCCAGUUCAAUGCUUGUUAAUAGUAUUACUUGCUUACUUAGUCCAUCUGUGUUUAUAGUUUUCAAGUAUAUAGGUGGGACUUUGAAACAAUUGCUUGGGUUCCGUUGGUUUAACUGAGAUUCAUGAAUAUUCAGACCUUUGCUAGGAAUAAGAAAUGAAAGCUAAUAAGAAAGGGUUUUUGUUUGUUUUUUAAUUUAACUUGUAGUUGUAGUUUACUAGUGUUUGUUUUUAGCACUACCUAUACAUUUUCUUGACUAGAUGGCUUAGAGAGUCCAGCGCUAUCUUUUGACAUGGCAUUAUUUUCUCCAUCCUAAUUGAAUGAUAGCUUUAAAAAGUUUGGUUGUGUAAGAAAGUGUGUCAUAACUGAUCAGCUCUGUAUGAAACUUAAGUAGUUUCAAACUGCUCCUUAAAGGAGAAAGCUUUAAUUUGGUUUCAGUAAUAAAGUUUGGUAGUGAUUGUUAAAGGAAUCCAAUGUAUUGCAGAAAUGGCAUAUUAUUUGUAUGUCGGAGACAGAAAGAAAAGCCACUUAAGAUAAUAUGAAGUAAUUAAAUCCUAUGUCAGUUGCCAAGUCAUUUAAAUUUCUAUAUUCACCAAGCCCAGAAAUAGAUUCUAGCUGCUAGGAUUCCAAUUUUAAUUGGAGAGCUAAGUAAGUAAAGUUUGUGAGUAUUAGAUUUCUUAAUGACCACAUUUUACAGUUUUAGAUAAAGGGAAAUAUUGUUAUACAUUUAUCAAAUAUGUUUCCCCUACAUGAUAAAAAGGUUAAUAAUUUUGCUGAAUAUUUUUAAGUUGAAGUUGUUUUGAGUUACUUCCUGGGUAUCAGUUCCAUGAAGUAUGUUUGGACAAGAUAAAAGGAUUUUUUUUUUUAAAGUUUUAAGUACCAAAGGUAGUCUAGUCUAGGAAAAAUAGUAAGUUAAUAAGUGUUGGCUUUUCUAAUUUGUACUGUAACAUCCUUCUACUUUCUAUUUUGAGUGUAUCUACUUCUCAAGUAAACAACUUAGAUAUUUUUCCAUACUUCUUUCUUUCUGAUGCAGAUUCAGGUUAAUUAAUAUUUUACUGCAUCUGAUGAUGUAUUAUAUGUUUAAAGUCUAGUGACUUCAUUUUGACAUUCUUGUGAUUUCAUAUGCUGUAUUCUUCAAGCAAUAAAAUUCUGAUGUGUUUUAUAAA